GUGACAUGGGACUAACGCAUCCCGUAUGGCAUUAAUCGUACAAUCUACGCUUUCCUCGGCGUCCUCCGCCUCUCCCACACCUGCAGAUACGUCUCGCCCAGGUACAGCAGCUCGCUCUGCACCUUUUCCACAAAUAGAUCCUGGCACGACACCCACUCGUCGCGCCCCUUAUCCUUGAGCUGCACCUUCCACGUCUUGCGCUCCUCUCCGCUGUCCGCGACGUCCUCCUUGGCGCGCACGGCCUCGUGGACGACGUUGGCGACGAGGUCGUACCAGAUGGGUUCGCCGGGGGGCCACUCGCCCGGGUUCGGCUCGACGUAGGGGCUCACGUCGAGGCCGCGCGGGUCGAAUGUGACAAUCGUCGGGUUCCGCUCCGACACGAACUUGUUCUGGCUGAAGCGCUUGACGUGCAGGACGAGGUAGGGUGGUAGGGGGUGCAGCAGACGAUACCGCUUGCGCUGGGCGAGGUGCUCUUGCGCGUGGAUGCCGUCGUAUUUGGAGAGGAUGGUCGUGAGGGGCACUUGCGGGAUGAUGUUCUUUUCGAGCUCGUCUUGGAAGAGGGGCGCCGCGGGGAGGUCGAGGGUGAGGAACAUGAAGCGGGAUGAGGUGACUGAUACAGCAGCGUCUUCGAAGCGUAGACGGUCGCCCGCGUCGGCGCGCGCCGUGAUGGCUUGCGACUCGACUUUGAGCUUCCCCUGGAAGAUGCGCUGCACGACGGAGCUGCCGGGUUUUGUUUUCGACCCGCCGAGGCCCAGGUGUAGGUUGUUCAGGAACCACGACAGAAACUCGACGGGGUCGGACUGCGCCGUGAGGGUGAAGCGCUUAUUCGACAGCAGGGAAAUCUCCUGGAGCAGCUCGUGGGGGGAAACGUGGGCCUUGAAGGCGCGCGGGUUCCAGAUCUUGCGGACGAGGAUGCCGAAGCGCUUGGCCAGCUCGGAGCGGGAUGAGAGGUCUUCGAGCAGGCAGAAGUUGCGCAAGGGGGCGACGUGCGCGAGGGCCUGCACCACGACGUUGAGGUAGUCGUUCUCCUUUAGGUUGUUCAUACCCACGAAGCCGGGUGCGUAUUCCCUCCCUGCAAGCGUAAAGGAUGCGCGCAAGGGCGUCCGGUCGAGGGCAGCGACUUCGGGUUUCGUGUAGCGCGGAUCCGAGACGAACUUGAUGUCGUCGAGGGACUUUGACUUGACCUCGUACCCCUCCGGGAGGACGUAGACCUUUUGCGUCUGCAUGUUGAUGAAGACGUGGUGGUUCUCGUCGAGGGCGUGGAAGUAGGCGUGCGAUUUCGGGCCGCGGCCUUGGUAGUAGCGGCCGCACACCAGGCACGCGUAGACGUUGAUGUUGGACAGGCUGACGGAGCAGAGCUUCUCGAAAUCAAAGUCGAGAACGUUGCGGUCUAUCGUGUCGAGGUAGAGGUCGUCGUAGCCGUCUGUCGGCGCCGAUUGACGAAUCGGGACAUGUACCGGCGCGUCGUCCUCUAUUUCGCUGUCGCUUUCGGCAUCGUCGUCUUUUGGUGGUAUCUCGGCCGUGUCGUUUGUGGGUGUUGCAUCGUCCGUCGUUGUCGCUGUGUCGUGCCCGUUUUCGAGCGAGCCGUUGGAGAUGAGGGAGUCGACGGUUCGUGAGCGUUUCGACGCUGGCGAGUCGAUCCCUGCGAUUUCGUCGAGGGGAUCCUCGGCGUGACGUUUCCUAUGCGCCAUGCUGUGUGUGUGUGGUGUCUGGAGGGGUAUCGAGUGGUGUUGGUGGUUUCGUUGCGAGUGCGAGGCUGAAGUCGCAGGUAUGGAUUGGUGGUCCCUGGUUGCAGGCGUGGAAAAAGUCGCCAGUCUAUCGCUCUAGGUGCACGCCCCCACUGUCGGAAGCCACGCCCAGAGCUUCUCACAACCUCAUCCAGACAUCAGUCACUACACGGCCACAGACGACGCAAACCUAUCUGCAAUGGCAUACACCAAUCCCGGGCACAUCAGGCUGCCGAGUCGCCAGAGGACACCUCGGAUGCUGGCGCAUGCAGCACAUGCCCAAUGGGCCAGUCAGCGUCGCUGCGUAUCAUCCAAUAGCAUCGGAAGCGCGUGACCUGGUGUCAGCCGCAGCCUGAUCUUGAAGUGAGGGGCUCUGGCCCCGUUUGCCGCAGUUCUGUCAUGAUUAACUGAUGUCUAUCCGAAGAUUGCGUCGCAAGAGCGAUAGUUCGUUGAGUCAACGCUCGCUCGUGCGUCCGUCGUCGACGACAGCAACACGCCAUGGCUACUCUCCCGCCUCGCCGCCGCGAAGACUUCACUGUCGCGGUGAUUUGCGCCCUUCCACUGGAGUUCAACGCCGCAGAAUUGGCCCUCGACGAGCUGUGGGACGGCCUUGAGCAUGAUCUUGGCAAGGCUGCAGGUGACGCAAACACCUACACGCUUGGUCGAAUCGGCAAACACAAUGCCGUUCUCGUCCUCCUUUCCGGCAUGGGAAAAGUGAAUGCAGCUAGCGCGACUGCCAGCCUUCGUUCGAGUUUCGGGGGUCUCAGGCUUGCUCUCCUAUGUGGCAUAUGCGGUGGGGUGCCUAAUGUCAACGGCGAUGGGGAGAUGCUGCUUGGAGACGUCAUCAUCAGCAAAAGUGUCGUUCAGUACGAUCUGGGGCGGCUAUUUCCAGGCCAGUUUGAGCCGAAAGACACCAUACACGACACUCUGGGUAGGCCGGUCAAAGAGAUUCGGUCCCUGCUCAUUGCAUUCGAGACCCAUAGGCAAAAGCAGAGGCUACAAAAGGAAAUCUCCAAAGGUCUUGCAGAAAUCCAAAUUAAGGCAGUCGAACAGAGCUACGAUGUCGACUAUCGUAGACCACUACACGAAGACGUGCUCUUCAAACCCGAUUACACCCACAGGCAUCGGAAAGACGUACAGUGUAGCUGCAGCGAAACGCAGACGUGCGAGCAGGCGACUAAAGCGACAUGCGAGGAGCUUGGCUGUGACUUUGGGUACCGAGUGUCUCGAAGACGCCUGGAGAAUCGGCAAGCCGGGCACGAGAAAACCUCUGCGGAGCACCAGCCUUGUGUUUUCCUUGGCUCGAUUGGAUCAGGAGAUACCGUCAUGAAGUCUGGCAAGGACCGUGACCAGAUUGCGAGGGACCAUAGCCUCGUCGCCUUCGAAAUGGAGGGAGCUGGAGUUUGGGACGAAAUCCCCUGCAUCAUCGUCAAGGGCGUAUGCGACUAUUCCGACAGUCACAAAAACAAGACUUGGCAACACUAUGCUGCGGCAAUAGCUGCGGCGGCAACGAAGGCACUUCUCGAUCGUUAUGCGCCUUCAGCCGGCCUGAUUGAACAGGUUAAGCAAGUCGAGACGACUGCCUUCUCGCCAAAGUUUCUGGUACCAUAUGUCAAGAAUCCCGAGUUUGUUGGCCGAGAAGAGAUCUUCAACCGUAUCGCGCAUCUAUUCGGGGACACGCAGACUGGUCCGGCCACUGCGAAGCUACGGUCAAGAGUGGCACUCCACGGGCUCGGCGGUGUUGGUAAGACGCAAAUCGCCUUGGCCUACGCCUAUUGGCUACAUGAGAAGUCUCCCGAGGUUUCCAUCUUCUGGGUCCACGCCAGCAACCGCCAACGCUUUCGCCAUGCUUUCACAUCGAUCGCUCAAGUAUGUGGCAUCCCGGGCUACGACGGAAAGAAGGCCGAUACACUUUUCCUUGUGAAGCAGUGGCUUGAGAGUAAUAAGAGCGGUCGUUGGCUACUGAUUAUCGAUAACGCCGAUGACAAGGACCUGUUCUUUACGGACUCUGAAGAAGACGGCAUUGGAGCAAAUGUGCCGGAACCUGCAUCUGAAGGGGGACUAGGCCGCUUCAUCCCAGAGUGUCUCCACGGAUCCAUCCUCAUAACGACGAGGGAUAUGCAGACAGGUCUCAGGAUGACAGCUGGGACUCCCCCAAUCAAGGUCAAUGAGAUGAUCGAUGCUGAGGCCGUUCAGCUGCUACAGUCCUUGCUCCCAAACCACAAUUUUUCUCCCUCAGAGGCAAUCGCGUUAGCAUCUCGACUUGAAUACUUGCCACUAGCGUUGGCACAAGCAGCUUCCUUCAUCCUCAGAAACUCCAUAUCUAUCAACGCCUAUUUCCGAAUACUGGACAAGAGCGACUCUAGUUUGGUGCGCCAGCUGAGUGAGCCUUUCGCCUCCAUAGGGCGGGACUCGGAGACGCCUCAUGCCCUGACGGCCACCUGGUUGAUUUCUUUUCGCCAAAUCGAGCAGCGGCAUCCCUUGGCUGGCAACUUGUUAUCUUUCAUGAGCAUGUUUGAUCGCCAAGCUAUUGCAAAAGACUUUGCCGAAGUCUACUGCUAUGAGCAGCUGCGUAAGAAGUCAGACUCUGUCGUCGAGGUGGACGGCCCUUUUGAGGGGGACUCUGGCAUUGGCUCCGACUAUACUCCUGAUUUAGGGAGCGCCAGUGCCUGUUUCGAUGCCAGUUCCGAUGCCAGCUCUGAGACGACUCUGGAAGUCACCAACGCCUUGGGGAUUCUCCAGGCAUUUUCGUUUAUCUCUCAGGCGGGCAAUGACACUUACGACAUGCAUCGACUAGUGCAUUUAGUCACACGCAAACGCGUCUUGCAGGAGAAGAAGAUGCGGCAACUUUCAAGCGAGGCUCUUAAAAUGAUGUCUCGUGCUUUUCCUCUCGGCAAUCUCAAGAAUAGGGUGGCGUGUUUUACAUAUUUACCUCAUGCCCUCGCAGUUUUGGCACGUCUGGACCUCCAGUUUGAUGAUGAGAAGGUCCACGCUGCAAAGCUAUUGUUUAAUGUGGCCGGGUACUUCGCGUACCUACGGCAACAUCGGGAGGCAGAAAAGCACCUGAGGCGAGCUUUGGAACUUCAAAGAGCGGUAUUUGGGCAGAAUCAUCCGGAAACUCUUCAGUUGACGAGCGCUUUGGCGUCAAACAUCGUCUAUCAAGAUCGUUCAGAGGAAGGAAUCGAGUUGCUUCUGCCCACGUUGGAGGUCCAAAGGAGGCUCCUGAUAAAAAUUCAUAGGCAAGUACUCGACACGCGCCGUCACCUUGCGUUUGCGUAUAUGAAACAGAAACGCCAUAAAGAGGCAGAGAAGCUGCUUUUAGAGACCCUCGAGAUCUGGGAAGGAGGCGGCAACGAUAAACGGGGAGCUUCAAGAGCCUUAAGCCAGCUAGCAGAUGUAUACUUUAAGCAGGGACGGUAUGUGGAGGCAGAACAGUUGCAACUGCGGUUAUUGGAGGGAAAUAGGAAAUUGCUCGGAGAGGACUCUGAGGCUACACUUUGGACUAGGGAGAGGCUUGGACGUACAUAUCAAAGGCAGGGCCGUCUAUCGGAGGCAGUGGAUAUGAUUUUACAGGCGCUGGUUCGAAGCAGAGUGUUAAUGGGUGAGGCACACGCCGAUACGGUAAAUCUCAUGUGGGAUUUAGCACUUGUCUACAUACAACAAGGUCGUUUAGAGGCGGCUGAAGAACUCACAUCCGAAGUGGUGGACAUUAGGAGAUCAUCGAUGGGCGAGAAGCAUGUAGACACUCUACAGGCCAGCAUUAGUUUAGCACAAGUCUACAUAAGGCAAGGUCGUCUGGAAAAGGCAGAGGAGUUGCUUCUGAAGGUGCUAGACAUACAGAAAUCUACAAAAGGCGAUGAGCACGAGGACACGAUAUUGUCCAUCGCACAGUUGGGACGAGUCUACAGCAAGCAAGGUCGUCUGGAAGAGGCAGCAGGUUUAUUGCUGAAAGCGUUUGAGACGUGGAAAACCACGAAAGGGGAGGAGCAUGAAGACACGAUAAUGGCCAUCGCAGACUUAGGAGUAGUCUACAGGAGGCAAGGUCGUCUGGAAGAGGCAGAAGGUUUAUGGCUGAAGGCGUUUGAGAUGUGGAAAACCACGAAAGGCGAGGAGCACCAAGACACAGCAUGGAUUAUGGGACAGUUAGGGCUCUUAUAUUAUGAUAAAAACAGACUGGUAGAAGCGGAGGAGCUACAACAACGAGCGUUGAAGGUGAGAAGAAAGGUUUCGGGGGAGAAGCACACCGAGACUUUAACGCAGGAGAAUAACUUGGCUUGGACAUGGUGGGGUCAAGGUCGAAAAGAGGAAGCGAUUCAGCUGAUACGGAGAUGUGCCAAGGCUACAGAACGUGUUCUUGGUCGAGGUCACGAACACACAAGCGACUCCCUCAAAGCAUUGUCCGACUGGGAGAAAGAGAUGGAGGCGGAGGACAAUAGCGAGGAUGAGUCGGGAAAGCCGAGCGACGAUUCCAGCGGGGAUGGAGGAGACGCAUAUGUAGGCUCCGACGACGAGUCGGACAAUGGCGAAGGAGCACGCCUAUAGACAUUCAAUCAAAGCCAUAGCGAACAUCGAUUGCAACACCCGCUCUGCCCAAGUCGGUGUUCAAACGCUGCGAUCAAAAGCACACUCACGCCGCACCAGGUCGACAGUACAAAACCAAGAAAACCUUCAAUUUUA